AUGUCACUGUUCUCAAAGCUUUCCAAGAGUAGCGAAAAGACGCUUUAUCCCUGGUCGCAGAAGAAAUUGGGCGGCAGUAAUAGUGCUCUUCCAAGAGCGGGCCAUGCUGCUGCUGCCAUCUCACCAGAUGCUGUUGUUAUCUAUGGCGGCGUUCACCGAGCAAGUACCAAGAAGGAACUAUUUUACAUUGAUACCAACAACUUGUCUGCCGCCAGCAUCAAUGCUGUUGGAGAUAUACCAAGCUCUAGAAUAUCACCCACGAUUGUCGCUAUGAACAAUCAUAUUAUGCUUUAUGGAGGUAAACCGAUCGUACCUGAGGAAAAUUAUGAUGGAGGAUUUUACAUUUUAAAUCUGAAUACCAAGCAGUGGAAUCACAUUCAGUUGGAAGGAAAUCAACCUGCAGCGAGAUGGGGACACAGUGCAGUAUCAAGCGAUGGCAUCAUGUAUAUUUGGGGUGGUCAACAAGAGGGCAACUACUUUAACGACUUGUUCAUGUUCAACUCCAGUACAUUUAAUUCAGUGCCUAGAUGGGAGCAGCUAAACUACAACAAUGAAUGUCCUGAACCUCGAUCAGGUCAUAUCAGUGCAAUUUAUGAAAACAAGUUAUACAUUUUUGGAGGCACUGAUGGACAUGUCUUGUUCAACGAUAUUUGGUCAUUCGAUUUACACACCAGAUUAUGGCUGAAAAUCGAAGCAGAUGGGUUCUUACCUUCUGCCAGGGAGAGCUGUGCUUCUGCCAUGGUUGAAGAUGUGAUUUACAUUAUUGGCGGAAAGGGCGAAAAUGGAGUCGAAUUAAACGAUCUAUGCGCCUAUAAAAUCAAAAGUCGUCGAUGGUUUAAAUUCCAAAAUAUGGGGCCAUCACCUUCGCCUCGCCAUGGACUGACCAUGACAACAGUCGGUCAUCGUUUGAUUGUGCUUGGUGGUGAUAAUGAAACAUCUAAAAUGGAGGAUUCUUCUUCGAUCUUUAUAUUAGACAGUACUAAAAUCAAAUACCCCACAGAUACCCCUCAACAACAGCAAUCCAUGGAUUCGACAAAUAGCGAAAGAAUGUAUCAGCAGCAACAGCAACAGCAACAGCAACAGCAACAGCAGCAACAGCAACAUCAGCAACAUCAGCAACAUCAGCAACAGCAGCAUCAACAGCAUCAACAGCAUCAACAGGCAUUUGAUUCUGCUUCUAUUGAUAGCAUGAAUGGCUAUGCUCAUCAAUCGCCUCAACAGCAACACUCUCCACAACAAUAUCAACCCCAGUAUCAACCGCAACUACAGCAACAAGGAGGAGGAGGAGGACAGGUACCUCAACAACCUCAACAGCAGGGAUCUUACUCGCCGCAACAACAACAUCAAACCAUCCAAAAGCCUCAUCCAGAUCAAAGACAGACACAAAGAUUGAAUCCACCUAGCUCACCACUGCAACAGCUGCAACCCCGUUCUCUCGUCGGUGCUGUCAUGAAUGCCAACGCUGCCUAUACAGAGGUCGAUGCCACCAUAAAGUACCCUGACGUUCAACCAUCACCUACUAAUAGUAGCCCUACUAGCGCAACUUCUCGGCACCGCUCUUACUAUCCAGAUCAGCAAAGCAAUGGCCAGCCACCUGUGCGACCACCUAGACACAUUUCAACGGUGCCUGAAGCAGCCCUUCGUCGUCCUCGUGCCACUUCUCCAUUGCCACAAUCCGAAGCUGACAUUGCUGCAGAUAUUCGUCGUCAAUACCAGUCGAAUGCUUCGCCUACAUCACCGACAUCGACUGAAGGCAACGAUCUCUUGAUGCCUCGUAGUAGUCCAAUGCAAACAAGCAUUUUAGCCGCUACUGAAGAUCAUGCGUUUGUCGAUCCCAUGGUUCAACAACAGCAGCAACAGCACCAGCAGAGGAUGUUGGCUCAACAGCAACAGCAGCAGCAAGCAAGUCGCUCAUCACCUAGUGGACCUUUGGCUCCUCCUCCACGUCCUCCACGUGAGGGUGUAGGCUUGGGCAAUACUCAACGAAACACCAUGGUGGUACCUAGCGUGUCUUCAGACACAUCAGUGCAUCACACUAUGGGAGAUCAUGAAGAGCCAUUAAGGCCAAAAUCUCAUAUGCCUCCUCGCAACCAAUCAGUGCCCCCAAGCCAGCCUCAACCCCAACCACCACAGCCUCAUCCUCCUAUGGACAUGCAACAUACUCAGCCACAAUACACUGCACAAGCAUCUCCUGUGUCUUUACAACAACCUGAACAGAUACCCGAGCGCUCACCCAGUCGUCAAGUGAUACCCACCACAUCUUCACCCUCUCCUCGUCCAAACAAAUCACAGCAAGAUCACGCCAAAUUACAGCAAGAACAUGCUGCUGCCACAGCCGCUGCAAACGAAGAACGCCAAGCACUGUUAAGAGAGAUCCAAGCACGAGAUGCCAUUAUCAGUGAAAUGAAAAAGAAGGAAAACUGGUGGCGCACAGAAGUAUCUUUGGCACGCAAACAACGCAUCAAGAGUGAUACAUUCGAUGAUGGACCUGACGCUGAUGAGGCACUUUUGAUGGAUGUUGAUCAUUUGUCAGAAGACAAGGUCAAGAUCUUUGAGCAACUUGUAGCUGUCAAAUCAGAACUAAGACGGGUGAGAACAAGCAUCUUUCAGCAAGCACAGCCCAUGUCUGAGAAGGUGGGCCAAGCGGACCGUAUGCGUACUGCUGCUUUACAAGAGGCUGCCUAUUUCAAAAGUAAAUAUUUAGCUCUCAAGGCGCGUCGUCAAGAAGACUUGGAGAAUGUGGAAUUAAGUCGUUGUGAUACGCUGGAGAAACGAUUAGCUGCUGCUUUAACAGAGAACGAAACCAAUGGUAAAUUGCUACAACAACUUCAAAAGAAAUCGCAACACGAUCAAAGUGCUCGUCAAGCCACAGAGGAGCGUGCUCAUGAAGCUCAGGCGAGAGCAGAGGAAGCUCAGCAAGCACAUCAACGUGCUUUGGAAGAACUGCAGACUGUGUACGCUAGAGCCACCAAGGCCGAGGUGCAGGUCCGUGACAAUGCUGUCAAGAUUGCAGACUUGACCCAACAAUUAAGCGAUGCGCUGACCGCUCAACCCGUGGUCAAGAGUCAAGAGCUAACUGAAGCACAAUUGAAGGCGUCUCAAUUAGAAGCAGCAAAUCUCAAGGCUCGCAACGAGGCAGCCACAUUGAAGCAAAAGCUGGCCGAAAACAUGGAUGAUAUUGCUCGACUGCGUACGCUUCUGCAUGAACGUGAAGACUCAUUGACCGAAGCUAAAAUCCAUGUGGAGGAUUGCGAAAUCCAGUUGGGUAUGAUGAGAGAAGCCAUGAACCAACAGCAGCAGCAGCAACAACAACACCAGCAAAAGACCUCUUCUACUGUGAAUAAUACAGGAUUUGCACCAACCAGAGCUUAUUAA